AUGUGGAAGUCAAAAGCGCACGAGAAGGACGAUUCCCCGACGAUUUCGCCUGUGGGGAAGACUGAGCAAGACAAGUAUGGGUAUGAGUUACAUCCAUUGGAUCCGGUGACCCAGCAAGUGACGUUGCGUACAGUUACAAAUGUGUGCGAUGGGCUGGAGGAAGAAGAUGCAGAGGAAGCUGGGUAUCACGAUACGCGGGUGAAAAGAGCGUUGAAGCAGAGGCAUAUUGGUAUGAUCGCGCUGGGAGGAACGAUUGGUACUGGGUUGUUUGUUGGUAUUGCUACUCCGCUUUCGAAUGCGGGUCCCGUUGGAUCGCUGAUCGCUUACCUGUUCAUGGGUAGUAUUGUGUAUUUCAUCACGCAGUCGCUGGGAGAGAUGGCGACUUUCAUUCCGGUAACAUCUUCGAUUACAGUUUUCUCGAAAAGGUUUCUUUCUCCAGCGUUUGGUGUGGCCAAUGGGUAUAUGUACUGGUUUAAUUGGGCUAUCACUUAUGCUGUGGAGAUUUCUGUUAUUGGGCAAGUGAUUCAAUUCUGGACAUCUGCUGUGCCGUUGGCUGCUUGGAUCGCCAUCUUUUGGGUUUUCGUUUCGCUGUUGAACUUUUUCCCCGUUAAGGUAUACGGUGAGAUUGAGUUCUGGGUUGCAUCUAUCAAAGUGAUCGCUAUUGUCGGUUAUUUGAUCUACGCCUUGGUUAUUGUUUGUGGUGGUUCUUCCCAGGGACCCAUUGGGUUCCGUUAUUGGAGAAAUCCCGGUCCUUGGGGACCAGGAAUUAUCUCUGAUGACAAAAAUGAAGGUAGGUUCCUAGGUUGGGUGUCUUCGCUAAUUAAUGCUGCGUUCACUUACCAAGGUACCGAAUUGGUUGGUAUCACGGCGGGUGAGGCUGCUAACCCAAGAAAAUCUGUGCCAAGAGCUAUCAACAAAGUUGUAUUCAGAAUUGUUAUUUUCUACAUCAUGUCGUUGUUCUUUGUCGGUAUGUUAGUUCCAUUCAACGAUCCUCGUUUAGCCAGUAACGUUGCAGUGAUCGCUUCUUCUCCGUUUGUUAUCUCGAUUCAAAACGCAGGUACUAGAGUGCUUCCACACAUCUUUAAUGCUGUCGUGAUGCUCACGAUCAUUUCCGCUGCAAAUUCCAACGUAUAUGUGGGCUCUCGUGUUUUAUACGCAUUGUCUCAAACCGGUAAUGCUCCAAAACAGUUUGGAUAUGUUACUCGACAUGGUGUUCCAUACCUUGGGGUCAUCGCUACCUCUUUACUAGGACUACUUGCCUUCUUAGUGGUCAACAACAACGCUAACACCGCCUUCAACUGGUUGAUCAAUAUUUCUACAUUGGCUGGAUUAUGCGCGUGGUUAUUCAUCUCUCUUUCUCACAUCAGGUUCAUGCAAGCACUCAAAUUCCGUGGUAUUUCAAGAGACGAUCUACCUUUUAAAGCCAAGCUGAUGCCAUGGGGUGCUUACUACGCUGCAUUUUUCGUUACAGUGAUUAUAUUCAUUCAAGGUUUCGAAGCAUUUUCUCCAAAAUUUGACGUUUCUGGGUUUUUCACUGCAUACAUCUCCCUGAUCAUUCUGGUUGUCCUUCUAAUCGGUUGCCAGCUCUACUACAGAUGUAGGUUCUUAUGGAAACUGGAAGAUAUCGACAUUGACACAGAUAGAAGAGAAAUUGAAUGUAUCAUCUGGGAAGAAGAAGAACCCCAGAAUUUAUGGGAAAAAUUCUGGUCUAUUAUGGCAUAA